AUGUUUAGAAAUCGGAGUGUCGUAGUGAAUAUUUCUAUAUUUCUUCUUACUCUACAAGGAACACUCUCCUUGCGUAACGUACAGUUGUUGGUGCCGGAUUCAGUGGAGCGGGGAUCAAGAGUCGAGAUGAAAUGCGUUUAUGAUUUAGAGCAAGAGGUCUUAUACACUGUGAAGUGGUAUCGAGGGGAUCGAGAGUUCUGUCGUUACUCCCCGCGCGACGUUCCUCCACUAAAGAUAUUUCGUAUACCAGGGAUAGAGGUCGAUAGAGAUGCGACAGAUUCGCAGCGGUUGACAAUACAAGCUGCGACACGAACUGCCAAUGGUCGAUAUACGUGUGAGGUGUCAGCCGAUGCGCCGUCUUUCCAGACGGCCCAAGUUCACGCACUAAUGUACGUCGUAGAUUUACCCAAAUCCGGUCCGGAGAUGCAAGGAUUAAAGCAGUAUUAUCGGCCAGGGAUGAAGCUCAAAGUAGAGUGCGUUAGUCACAAUUCCCUGCCUGCAGCUAAUCUUUCAUUUUUUAUUAAUAGUGAACCGGCACAUAAGCAGCAUGUAUGGCAUCGCGUAGGCCCAGCCAAUGGAAGUUUAUGGAAUGCUUAUAGUACAAUACAAUUCGUGGUACAAAAACAUCAUUUUAUAAGAGGUAAAAUGAAAAUCCGGUGCACAGCAAACAUUUACUCCAUAUACUUAAAAAGUAAUGAGCAAUGUGCCCUAGAGGAGCGGGUUCCUACCACUCCAGACAGCUUGCCCGAGAUAAACGAGGUCGUCCUAUAUCCCAUACACCGAAUGGCUGAGACCAGUGACUGUGAGUAA